UUUCCCCGACAAUACCAAAAGUCUAAAUCCCACCCUUAUUUUCUCUCUCUAUAUCUUUUCAUCUCUCUCAUAACUUCUUCACUCUCUCUCUACAUCGCCGGUGCCGGAGAAGAAGAUAUAUAUAUAUUAAGUAAUAAUCUUAAGAAUGGAAGCCAAGCUUCCUCCAGCAAAGCCUCCAUCGCCGACGGACAUGGUGAUUGACCAGAUGUCGGAGACCCCAAAGCGUGGGUCGCAUCACAGGCGAGCUCACUCCGACACUUCCUUCCGUUUCCCUAAUCUCGAUGACCUUCUCCUCUUCGACCCAUCUGACCUCGACCUAAGCGCCUUCCCUUCUCCUUCUCCAUCUCCUUCCCCUUCUCCCUCCCCUACACCCGCCGCACGCGCCUCAGCCGCCGCGGCUUCCUCCACCGCCGUGACCUUUGAUUCCUCCGACGAGUCCUGCGGUCCAAUCGGGGCUCCCAGGUCUAGACCCAGACCCUCAGGUACCCCUUCCCAUAUUCGGAGUCUGUCUGUGGACUCUGACUUCUUUGAGGGUUUGGGUUUCGGUGGUGGAGACUCGUCGAAAGAGGCGGUUGGGGUUGAGAAGAGGGCUGGUCGUCAUGGGUAUAGUAACUCCAUGGAUGGAUUUGGUUCGGCUUCGUUUGAGUCUGACUCGGCUGGUCUUGGCGUUGAUGGUAUUAAGAAAGCUAUGGCUCCUGAUAGACUCGCUGAGCUUGCUCUGAUUGACCCCAAAAGAGCUAAAAGAAUUCUUGCUAAUAGACAAUCUGCUGCGCGGUCUAAAGAGAGAAAGAUUCGUUAUACCAAUGAGCUGGAGAGGAAGGUCCAGACGCUUCAGACUGAAGCCACUACUCUUUCUGCGCAGGUUACAUUGCUCCAGAGAGAUACUACUGGGUUAACUGCUGAGAAUAAGGAGCUCAAACUGCGGUUACAGGCCAUGGAGCAACAAGCACAACUCAGAGAAGCUCUGAACGAAAAAUUGAGGGAAGAAGUUCAGCGCCUCAAGAUAGCAACCGGGCAAGUUCCUUCUGUCAACGGCAAUAUGUUCAACCGAGGACUCGCUCCUCAAUUCUCCUCACACCAGCCCAGCAUGCAUCACUUCGGUAGCCACCAAACUCAGCAGCAGCAGCAUCAACAACAGCAACAACAGCUUCAUAUGCCUCAGUCAUCCAACAAUAACCAGAAUCACAAUAACGGGCAGCCUCAUCUUAGCUUCUUGGACUACAAUCAAAGGGUGUAGAACUGAUUUUUAACCCGAAAAAAAAAAGAAACUUUUGUGUUGCGCCAUCAAACAGGAUAAUAACCCAUCUCAGGUAGCUUCUGUACAUAUAGUUAAAAUAUGUAUGUACUCUGCAGGUAUGUAUAAGUUGUUGUGAUGGACUGGUUUUGGUAAGAUCAGUCUUUUAUAUCAGUUCUUUUAUAGGUAUUAUGGCUAUAUAAGCUAUCAUUAUUAUUUUCUAGGAAUAGGAUUUUACUCAGAAAAUGUUGUUGUAAAGCAAAAACCUUCAUUGUUGGACCAAUUAUGGGCAACAACUGUUUAUUGUCAUUUGCAAUCUUUACCUCUGGCUUACACAAAAUAAGAAUCUAGUUUAUCGAGGUUAAUAUCCAAAUGGAAGUUAUUGAAUGUUUUGAGUCA